UCAGAAUAAAACAGGAAACGAUCAAUUCAAGAUGAAACAAACAAAAACAAACAAAUAGAGACACAGGAAGGCAAAUCAAAGCAUCAAACAAAAGCCAAGCAGUCCUUCAAAUAGUUCUUAAAGCAGGAACCAAAAACUGACUGCUGUGAUUAAAUGCCUAUUUCUGAACUGUACAAAAGCCAUACUUUUUUUCCUUUCUUUCAUAUCUCUUCUGGAAAUCUGUAAUAGUAAUAUGAUAGAUAGAUAGAUAGAUAGAUAGAUAGAUAGAUAGUUAGAUAGAUAGAUAGAUUUGACUAUAAUCCUCAAAGUAGCCGAUAGGUGGCGCCCUUGCUCCCAUGAAUAAGCAGAAAUGAUGCUCUGUAUAUUCUGCUGAACACUGACCCAAUUUUCAUCCAACAGUCAUUUAAGUGCUUCUUGUCUCAAGAGAAGCUAUUGACAAAGCGGUCGAGGCGAAUGUAAAAACAUUUUUUUUUUUUAUCGUUUUCCAUUUCCAUUGCCUGUCUGGAUCUGAGGGGAGAGGAGGGAGGGGGUGUUUCAGUAUCCCUCAGCCUCCGCCCGCCUCUGUGGCUGUGUCCAGCGGUUGGGAGGCGAAAAGGGGGAGAACCGACAGGGGGACAGACAGUGGCAGAGGGAGAGAGAGAGAGAGAGAGAGAGAGAGGAGAGAGGGGCGAUGGCCGCCGGUUUGGGAUGCGGGGAAUCGGUGGAUCAGUACUGCGCCGCGGUGGAGCGGCUCACUCAGGAGCUGGCCGAGGCGAACCGGGAGAAGAUCCGCGCCGCGGAGUGCGGUCUGGUCGUGCUGGAGGAGAACCAGGCGCUGAAACACAAGUACGCCGAGCUGGAGACCGAGCAGGACACUCUGAGGAAGGAGUUGGAGCAACUGCAGGAGGCAUUCGGUCAGGCCUACACCAACCAGCGCAAGGUGGCAGAGGAUGGGGAGACCAACGAGGAGACGCUGCUGCAGGAGUCGGCCUGUAAGGAGGCCUACUACACGGGCCGCCUGCUGGAGCUGCAGACGGAGGUGACGCUGAGCCGCUCCGUGGCGUCCAACGCGCAGGCGGAGAACGAGCGGCUCAACGCGCUCGCGCAGGAGCUGCGAGAGAGCAACGACAUGCUGGAGCUGCAGAGGAGCCGGAUGAGGGAGGAGAUCAAGGAGUACAAGUUCAGGGAGACCAGGCUCCUUCAGGACUACACGGAGCUGGAGGAGGAGAACAUCACGCUGCAGAAACUGGUCUCUACGCUCAAGCAGAGCCAGGUGGAGUAUGAGGGCCUGAAACACGAGAUCAAGGUGCUGGAGGAGGAGACCGUUCUUCUCAACAGCCAGCUUGAGGACGCCUUGCGUCUGAAGGACAUCUCCCAGGGUCAGUUGGAAGAAGCCCUGGACGCCCUGAAGAGCGAGCGCGAGCAGAAGAACAACCUGAGGAAGGAACUCGCCCACCACAUCAGCCUGACCGACAGCGUCUACGGGGCGGGGGCCCAUCUGGCGCUCACCGUCACCGGCGUCGAGGGCCUCAAGUUCCCCGAGGAGACCGGCGGCACCAACGGCGGCGCCAUCCCGGUCGCCAGCGAGGACGGCGGCUGGCGCAACGGCCACCUCCUCGCAGGCACGGGGCUGGCCAAGAUGAACGCGGAGUACCGGCCGGGCCGCAAGGGAGAAGCCCUGCACCCGGUGCCCGACCUGUUCAGUGAGCUCAACCUGUCGGAGAUGCAGAAGCUCAAACAGCAGCUGCUACAGGUGGAGUGCGAGAAGGCAGCGCUGCUCAUGAACCUGCAGGAGGCCCAGACCCAACUGCAGCACACGCAGGGCGCCCUGACCGAGCAGAGCGACCGCGUCCACCGCCUCACGGAACGCUGCAACGCCAUGAAGCGUCUCAAGGGGGACAAGGAGCUCGACGACCCGCAGGAGAGCGAGAAGCCCGACGGCGACUCCGUAUCGCCCCAGGCCAACGGCCACCACGAUCCCGACAUCCACGGGUUUGAGAUCCUGGAGUGCAAGUACAAGGUGGCGGUGACGGAGGUGAUCGACCUGAAGGCCGAGCUCAAGGCCCUGAAGGAGAAGUAUAACCAGGCUGUGGAGGGGCAGGGAGAGAGCCACGGUGACGACCGGGUCCAGGCGCCGAGUGAACAGCAGGUAGCUCACCUGGAGCGCAGUUGCCGCGAAGGCCGGGAGAGGGUGGCCGGCCUGGAGGCGGAGCUGCGAGCUGCGACGAGCACGGCCACGGAGAGCCAGGGCAUGCUGAACACCGCACAGGACGAGCUGGUGACCUUCAGUGAAGAGCUGGCGCAGCUCUAUCACCACGUCUGUAUGUGCAACAACGAGACGCCCAACCGCGUCAUGCUGGACUACUACCGCCAGAGCCGCGUCACGCGCAGCGGCAGCCUGAAGGGCUCCGAGGACCCCUGGGCCUUCCUCUCGCCGCGCUUGGCGCGACGCCUCGCCGCGGCGUCUGCAGCCUGCUCCAAUGAGUCCCAAAGAAGUCCCAUGGGAUCCCCAUCCAAAGACGCUCACAACGUACACCACAAUGAGACAUCGGCCAGCGCGGCAGACUCGCCAUCCUGCCACAGCAGCCCCACCCGCAACCCCACGGGCUCCCCGGGUAUCAGCGUCUCUCCCUGCCCAUCCCCGCUGCCCUCGGAGGCGGGCGGGGACCUGCGCAAGGAGCCCAUGAACAUCUACAACCUGAAUGCCAUCAUCAGGGACCAGAUCAAACACCUGCAGAAGGCCGUAGACCGCUCACUGCUGCUGUCCAGGCAGAGGGCCGCAGCCAGGGAGCUGGCCCCUAUGCUGGACAAGGACAAGGAGUCGUGCAUGGAGGAGAUACUCAAGCUCAAGUCCCUGAUCAGCACCAAGAGAGAGCAGAUCGCCACACUCAGGCUGGUGCUCAAGGCGAAUAAACAGACAGCAGAGGGUGCGCUGGCUAACCUGAAGAGCAAGUACGAGAAUGAAAAGGCGAUGGUGACCGAGACCAUGAUGAAGCUGAGGAAUGAGCUGAAGGCUCUGAAAGAAGACGCCGCCACCUUCUCGUCGCUCAGGGCCAUGUUUGCCACGAGGUGCGAUGAGUACGUUACCCAGCUGGACGAGAUGCAGAGGCAGCUGGCGGCGGCGGAGGACGAGAAAAAGACGCUGAACUCCCUCCUCCGUAUGGCCAUCCAGCAGAAACUGGCCCUGACCCAACGCCUGGAGGAUCUGGAGUUCGACCAUGAGCAGACGUACCGUGGCCGCGGCGCAAAGGUGCCCAAGAUAAAAAGCAGCCCACCCAAAUUUCUUGUAGAUUGUCAGCAGCCUGCUGCCUCAGUACCGUCACUCUCCCCACAACUAAGGCGAGGGAGAGCCUCCCUAGGCCGCAGUCCUAAAUGUGUGGCAGACCUCCAGGACCGCAGCUCGGUUCUGACCGGAAGCAGAAGCCUUCUCUCCCCCUGCGACCCCCCUAGCUGUCUGGUCCAACAACCCCAUGGUCUGCACGGCACCUAACGUCUCUGCUUAGGCCCGGGCCCGGGUCUGGGUCUGGGUCUGGGUCUGGGUCUGGAUCCGGGUCUGGGUCCGGGUCUGGGUCCGGGUCCAGGUCUGGGUCUGGGUCUGGGUCUGGUAGGAGUCAAGCGGACAGAGACACGAUCUGGAAGGGAGUUCGUUUAACUCCCCCAGACCCCACAGUCCAACCUGGUGCGUAAUGGACUCUGUGACACCCCCCCCCCCCCCCCAACAUCCCAACUCCGAGCGCUACAUGGCCCGGCCCCCCGUCAGGCCUUCUGGUUACCUGGGUCGCAGAAGAAGAGCGGGGCGCUCUGUCCUGGGGGGAAAAUUGGACGAAUGCCAGAGAGACAAAUCAGGGGAAUCUCUUUCCCAUAUGCUUUCCAGUAUUUAUUUAUAAUUUAUUGAUUAUUUAUUUACACAUUGGUUUGUGGCAAGUUUCUGAGAUAUUUAUUACCGGAAUGUUUUUGUCCUUGUUUCUUUUCUGUGUUCGUCGGUCUUCCUUCAGGAUUGAGAUGGAGAUGUGUUUUAACGCGUCAGGUUGAAGACUUCCCUGAUUCUGUACACGGCCAAUGCAACUAAAAAAAAUGAUCUUC